AUGCAAGUUGAUAAGGAUGGGUUUUGCAUUCCAUUAGUUCCUGUUCUAACUCCUGGCCGUUUGAACAACUUUACAUCCAAGCAUCAGGACCUUAAACAGUUUUUACAUAAAAAUGGUGGUUCUCAUAUUUUGAAUGAAUAUGACGAGAACGGAAUAUUGUCCGAUAGGACUAGGAGGGAUUUAGUAAAUCUAACUGAAAUAUUUUAUGAUGACUCUCAAAAAACGCCAAGUGGAUAUUUGGCUUGGCGUCUUCGAACUGUGAUGAGAAGUAGGGGUAACAUAAGAAAGAGAAAAUGUGAUGAUGGAAUAGAAAAUAGGGUGCCAUUUAAAAAGCCGAAAAAUAUUGAAAUAAGCACAGAAGAAGAACGAGACAUAGAGUUUUUAAAAAAUUCAAAUUACAAGACUCAGAAAGAGGAGAUUUUUAAAAAAAUGAAAAGCACAAUUAAUGUGAGAAAACAGAGAAAUUUUACACUUGAUGAUUUUCCUCGAUUUCUCGACACUGAUGGCUUGAUUCAUCAAGAUUUUAAUUUGCUUUAUCCUGAUUCUUGUCCAUUUGCCCCAAAAUUUGAGAAAUACUUAGACAUUAUCUUUAAAGUGUAUGACAAAACUGCUUGCAGUAAAUCAUCACUAAUUGAUGGAACUGUUUCAGGUUGGGAUAAGCCGACGCGAGCACUUUUAGCGCUAUUGCAUAUGCUGCCAGCUACUGCCAAGGGAAAAAAAGUGGGAAGAAGAGACUCAUUUGAAUCAUCUGUGGACAAAUUACUAAUUUUCUGCACUGUUGGAGAACCUCUACAAAGGAUCGUGGAUGAAAGAAAAGGAUUCCAGCCAUAUCUAAUUGGCAUUGGAGCAAACAAAGCUGCCAUCUCAGAGUACAAGGUAAGAUAUGAUACUGGACUUGAUAUUUUUUUGAGGUUUAUUGAAAUUUUUUUUACGACAUAA